UCCUUCCAUUCAGGUUCAGUAACGCCUGUCUAACUUCAAGCUGCUUAUGGCGGGCUGUGGUAGCUAAUGCAAUGAACGACGGUCUUGGGGGCCCAAUUGUGUUCCUGCUACCUGACAGAUUCGACCCAAACAAGAAGGAAAAAGUGGACCCCGACGCGAUGAACCCGCCCUCGGAGCCUGGCGACGCCCCAGUGAACGGCACGGUGCCCUCAGGAGCCACGGCGCCCCUCGUCAGAGCAAAGGGCCGCCCUAAGAAAGCCCCGGAGCUGGGGAGCGUAGACCGACGUAACUGGCUGGUCCACCUACACUACGUGCGAUGCGAGUACGACGACUGCCUCAGGCUGACGAAGGAGCUGCUUGCCGAGACUCGCGGCAUGUGCGAGUACGCCAAUUAUGUGCAGGCCUUGAUCCUUCGUCAUCAAGGCAAAAUACACGAGUCCCUGGAGCUGUUCCAGCUUUGCAACGUCCUCAACCCGAAGAGCGUGCAGAACCUAAAGCAAAUGGCGAGAUCGUUAUUUCUUUUGGGACGACACAGCAGAGCCAUUGAAGCUUACAAGCAAGCAGGGAACAAUAGCGAAAAACCUGACUGGGAGAUUAAUUACAAUCUUGGCAUUUGUUACCAGCGCACGGGUCAGCUUGAGGCGGCGAAGCAGGAGCUGCAGCAGGCGCUACAACUGCACCGCCACCACGAGGUCUUCAAAGCCCUCGCCAGCGUCUACCUGCAGCAGAGUGACGUGACCGCCGCCGUGUCCACCUACCGAGCCGCCAUCGAGCAGUUCCCAGAGAACAGCGACCUGCACAGCAGCUUGGGGAGGCUGCUCCUGCAGACUGGCAGGUCACAGCAGGCCUUCGAACAGCUUGGUGCCGCCCUCACCUUCAACCCCAACCACAGUCCAUCCCUGCUCGCUAUUGGGGCAAUGAUGCAGAGCCACCAAGACUAUGACGUCGCGCUCUCUAAGUAUCGUAUCGCCGCCCAAACCAUCCCUGAGAGCCCCGCACUCUGGAACAACAUUGCCAUGUGCUUCUUUGGCAAGAAAAAAUAUGUUGCCGCGAUCAGUUGUUUGAAACGAGCAAACUACUUAGCUCCCUUCGAGUGGCGCGUCCUCUACAACCUAGGACUCGUGCACCUCACCAUGCAACAGACGACCUCGGCGUUCCAUUUUCUGUCAGCCGCCGUAAACUUGAAGCCUACCAAGGGCCAAAUUUUCAUGCUUUUAGCGGUGACUUUAAGUCAGUUAGAGGAUGAAUCGAACGCCCGGCUGGCUUACAAGCAGGCCGUCACUCUGGAGACCAAAGACCCAAGCGUGUGCCUGAACUUUGCUACGUUCCUCGUACGUCAGGGCGACCGAGCCGAGGCACUCAAGAUGUUCUCGCAGUUCGAGGCCCGCGUCGUGAAAUUGCGACAGAACACGGAACUCGACUCCCAGGUGCUGGAAGCUGGACGGCGGCUGGCCCAGGAGCUGGGCCAGGACGGGUCUAGCCUCGUCCAGAAGCCUGGUCGCCCGUCACAACCUGUCGUGGAACCUACAAAAGAUGAAUCUGUCGCCGACACGUCAAGCCCCGCGGCGCCUGGGGAAGAGGAGGCCAAACCUGCGGACCCACCAGGUCUUCUAGCCCCACCUCCCCGUACGGACCUAGAAGAACACGACGCCCCAGAGGACGGGGAAGACGAUGAGGCGGGGGAGCUGCUUACAACGGAGACUACGCAGCUGGCCAACGACGAGGGCCAAGGCGAGGAGGAGGAGGAGGGGUUACAGGAACCUAGUAUUGCUGUGCCAGUUACGCACCAACCAAACAAUAACGAUGAAGAGGAUGAUGACAUAGCAGAAGAUGAUGGAGAUGGUCCUUCCAUUGAAGAAGAUGUGGUUUGAGUUAUUAAAUAUAUAGUGCAUUAUUUUUUGGAUGAAUAUUUUUUAUAGAGUUCGCAGAUUGUUAACAAACUUUAUCUUUUAUUCACCCAUGUCAGGUAAAAUUAAUUUAAUUUUUGGUUGUCUUCAAAGGGUGCUUAAUUGCAUUCAAUUCAAAAUUCAAAGUCUAUAAAUUUACUUCCUUAAAUUUAGUGUACCCACAUAUACGUGCAAAUAGUGCCUCGCUAUUUGGACAAUUAAGUUACGCUCAUUUCUCGUAUACCAAUAAAUUUGAUGACGUU